UGCGGAAAAUGUGGAAAAUAUAUCGACGUAUAUUGCAGCGAAAGAAGCACACAUUCCGAAGUUUAGAGGUCUUUACCUACCGUGUAUCGCUGUUGAAUUUCAACAACUUUCACGCGGAUAUAUCGAGCGAGAGAGAGGGGGAAAGAGAGGCAGUGAGUGAGUGAGAGAAGAGCCCGCAAACCUCGCUCGAGAAAUAAUUAUAAAUACCUGUGAAACAGGUAUGCUGUUCACGGGUUACUGCUUCUUUGACGUAUAACAGCGUAUCGCGAAUACGUUGAUAAUGCCGCCGCGAAAUAUAACCUGCCACGGAACGUGAAGACCGCAGAGUAAUUCUGGCAGAAGACACGAGAAACAACGUCGACAGCUGCAUUCCAAUUACCAACUCGCUGCUAGUGAAGGCUUCUUUUUGUUUUCUAUUUUCAAUCUAUUCCUCGGCCGCAGUGAUAUAAUAAAGGAAGAAGUAAUUGUAAAUAUAGCUGCAAGAGUUCCAAACAAGUCAUCAUGGAGCACUCGGACUUGGUAUCAGAGAUGAUGCACAUUGAGAGAUUGACGACGCAGGAAAGACUCCAUUUGGCACGUCAUCGAAGACUGCAGCAGUUGAAGCAAUGGCGUCAUCGUGAAAAAGAAUGGCUUCGUCACCAGAACAAACACCCAAGCAAUAAACGUCACAUAUUUUUUAGCGACAGUGUUAUGCUGCUAGAAGCUGCGGCCAGAAAUGAUCUCGACGAAGUGAGGAGGCUUUUGAAGAAAGAGGUGAAUCCUGACUCUACCAACGAGGAUGGAUUAACUGCGCUGCAUCAAUGUUGCAUCGACGACAAUGAAGAAAUGAUGAAAAUACUCGUUGAAUUUGGGGCAAACGUCAACGCAGAGGACAGUGAGAAGUGGACGCCUCUUCAUGCUGCUGCGACUUGUGGUCAUCUUCACUUGGUGCGCUACCUAAUUGCGAGGGGAGCUAACUUGCUGGCCGUCAACGCGGAUGGAAAUAUGCCGUACGACAUAUGCGAGGAUGAGAAAACCCUCGACUGCAUAGAAGGUGAAAUGGCAAGGCGUGGUGUGACGCAAGAGUUAAUUGACGAAACGAGGGCUGGCACUGAGGUACAGAUGCUGCGAGACCUGCAGAAGAUCGCAGCCCAAGGCGGUGACCUAGAAUAUACCGAUCAUCAAGGUGCUACACCUCUUCAUAUAGCGGCAGCAAAUGGCUACCUGAGAGUCGUUGAAUUUCUUCUUGAUCAGCAUGUUUCAACCGAUGUUGUGGACAAUGAUAAAUGGCAACCUGUUCAUGCAGCUGCCUGUUGGGGACACCUGGAGGUGCUUGAGUUAUUGGUACACAAUGGAGCUGAUCUGAACGCGAAAAAUAAACAUGAAGAAACCCCUGCAGACAUCUGCGAGGAUCCCGAACUGAGAGAGAGAAUUAUGGAGCUGAAAACCGAACAGGAGAGUAAACGACUGCAAGAAGCUCAGAAGCGAAGAGUACGAAGAUCUCAGAGUAUAAAUACGCGAACGCAAAGCGUUCGGCGAACAUCUAUCAGGGACAAAGUACUUACCACGAAAAAAGACGCUCAGGAGGAAGCUAGGCUCAGGAUACAAGCACAGCAGACUUACGUUGGUGCACCUACGCAGAACAUAACACCAACAGAGAAUAGCACCAACGCACAUGAUGCAACUUCAGAAGACACAGAAUCGACCAGCUUAACUCCUGCGGUGAGACGAGGGCCCGAAGGGAAGGACAAUGAUUCGUUUAUGCACGAAGACGUGGACAAGGACUCAGUCGCAGGGCCUGACCCGCCUGUCGGCAACCAGCAGUCCUCCAUUUACACAGCCGAGACCGAUGCUAAUGGCAAGAUCAACAUACACGUGUCUGUAGUGUUCGUCAAAUCACUCUCGGACCUGAAGAAGCAGAGGGCCCAGAAUCGUCACACACCCACAAACUCAGUGGACGCCAAUGGCAACGGAGUACCGACGCCCGUCUCAUCGAUAUCAGGCUCAGAGUUAAACACCAGAGACUUCCAGAGGUUCACAGGAAACACCAGCGACAUCCUUGCAGAUAGUCAAUCAGAUAAGGGCUGCUGCGUCUUGAUGUGAAGCGUCAGUGAGUUCUCGUCUUAUCUCAAAUUUUUCAAAUGCUGCACCAGUUAUGUGAUUCCGAAUUUAUAGAGUAGAUAGUUUAUUUAUCUUCCCUUAUCGCAUCACAGAUCACAGGAUACAUUCCAUUCAGUUUAUGUUGUUCAUUAUUAUUAUUAUUAUUUUGUGACAAUUCGUCGUAGUUCAAGUGUGUCCCUCCAUUGUCGUAAAUCUUAUGUUCAAUAUCAGCAGCUAUUAUGUUUUUCAUGUUGGAAUUGAGUUAUUCUUAAUUAUUAAACGUUUGUAUAUUAAGCAAAGAACGAGCUAAAGAGCUCCUAUUUGGUCAAUUCCUUAGUCUAUGUAAAUAAAAUUGACACUAUUCGGUAUGAAAUGAAAUAGUUUUUCGGAAAUUAGGAAAAUUGUAAAAGUUUAAAAAGUAGUUGAUAAAUUACGAGUAUUUGAACUAGUAUUAAAAAAUAAUCAAGUUUCACUUGCGUCCUUAUAAAAAUUGCUCGAACAUUUUUUGUCUUUCCAAAAGCAAUUAUAUAUUUGGAUAACAGCGUACUGGAAAUGCAAGACUUUUGAUUCUGAAAUAGUCUUGAAUUUUUAUAUGUACAGCUUUUGUCCUGACACUCGGGUAAUAUGUGUUGUAUCUAUUUUUAUAAUUUAUAUUAGCAUAGUCUUAGAAACUCAGUGGAUGAAGAAGUUUUUCUCCAUUCAUAGCAAUAUUUGUUGAAUUUUUCAUCCAUUUUGUUAAUUAAUCAUAUGUUAGUCGUUGGCACUGUUUUAUGCAUUUGUUAUCGAAAAUUUUCAUCUCAA